AUGUUUUCAAAUCCUGGUUCAAGUUUACCCCGGAUCAAUUUACCUCAGCAAGGAGUUCGACCUGUUCUGGCUACAGAAGUGCCGAGAUUGGGUUGCAGCAAUUCAUCGGGCACGGUUAACAUUCUGCCUAUUACAGGCGGACAACCAGCAGUUCCUCCAAUAAUUGUUUCAAGCACGACAUCAGCUAAUCUGUUUGCACCGAAGUCAUUGCUUCCCGUAACUAACUCAGUAGAAAAGAUAUCAGAUGUUCAUUAUCGAGCACGUCGAAAUGCUAUUGGUUGUCCAAGACCUCUGUUUUCUGAUAUGGAAAGGCAUCAAUGGUCGUCAGGAUCAGCAGUCGAAAGGUCGCAAUUUGUAAGACCAUCAGGAAGUAAGAACAGCCGAUCACUACCCAGUCUGAGGGAUGUCUCUCGUGCCACAGCAAAGCAGAAUUUGAUUGCACGAGAAUUUGGUGCGUCCGAUGUUGCUACUUGCACAUCAGUGUCAGAUUAUGGAAUAUCCGCCGUGGAACCAGUAAAUGUCAGCGAUGAUGAUUUCAACUAUGCUGGUAAUGAGGGAGAGCAUAGAGAACAAAAGAGUGGUAAUUGGAAUACGACAAAGAGACGACAUAGAAAACGAAGGCGUGAACAGUCUAGCAGUGGUGAAAGUGAAUCGGAACAAAAUAAAGACGUCCCUCGAUGGCAAAAGUUGACAAAAGAAGACUUUGUUGACACAAUAUUAAGCGAUACUGAUGAUGAAGUUGACCAGGUUGAACAGACUGUUGCAAUGAGUGGUUUCUAUUCGCAGAGUGUUCCUGACGAAAAAUUUUAUUGCAUUAACGAUGUUGGUAAUAGCUGUGCAACCGAAGAGUUGAAAAAGCUGCAUAAUAAAUUCAGAAGAGACAUUGUAGAAAAAAUCACUAAAGAAAAGGAAAAUCAGCCAAAAUGCGACCCGCCUGAUAUUCUUGCAUUUCACGAUAACUGCAAGUGCGGUCACCAUUCGGAUACUGAAACUGAAUCGGAAAGUUGUGAUUCUGAUGACUGCAUCGAUGACAGUGAUGAAAGGAGUGGUAAUGUAUCUGUUGAUGAACAACAGAUUGAUAAUAAAGACAAAAUUAGUCAUACUAAGAUGAGUGGAUCAAAAAAACACAGCACUGUUGCCAAGCGAGAGGUCUUUAGGAAACGUAAUCAUCCAGCUAUUCUACACAGUGAUGUCUGCUUCAACGAAGUUGGUCAGAUGAACGAUGGGCCAGAAUGUCGCUGUUCGUGGGCAGCUAAAAAAUCCGGCUUACGCCACAAUAAAUAUGCUGGAGAGACUGUCAUCGAGAAAUGCGACCUAAGCUCAAGCAAUUCGCAUCGUUUAUGGCACUAUAUACUUUACACUGAACCUAAUCCAAAUACUGUUGUACGCCGUUCAACAAAAAUCAACUACAGUGGUAGAACUUAUGAGCUCGAAGGUUUUUCUGUAUUUUUUCAUAAAUCACUUCCAUCGAAUUUUCCCCAAACACCGCUGUCAAAAUGGACAAAUGAAUAUAAUAUCAAAUUUAUGGAAGAAAAUAUUCCAACGAAUUUUACAAUAGAAGACUUGGAAUUAUUCCAUCAAUAUUUGUUUAAUGAUAUUAUGGAAAUGUAUGACUUGAAAAGAUAUCCUUUUGAUAAUACUGAAGGUUGUCCUUAUUAUCACUGUAUGCCGAGAUUUAUUUGCAACAUUCCAGGCGGUGGGAAGGAGAUAUUGCCAAUGUCUGUUGUAAUGUCAUACCUGAUUGACAGCUAUCAUCGUCUUGUAACAGAAUCAGAAGCUCAGGUUCUUAAACAAGAUGCUGAUGCUUUUCGUGAAUUUGCUGAAAAUGUUCGUGGUUCCUUGGUUAUGAAUGCAAAUAAGAGGCCAUCAACAAUUCGAGUAGAUCUUAUUGACAGGCCCGAUUUUUUGCCCAACAAUUCGGAUAAUCUCUUUCCGUUGAUUACUCAUUUUGGCGUGAGGCCUUCUUCUCAUACUUACAAUUCGAACGCGGAAUAUCAGAAAAUGUCGAAGGAAUAUUUGAGGAUGCGCAAAAUUCUUGCAAUGAAACCACGUGUAAGUGCAGAAGAGCGAGGAAAGCUUGCGCAAAAAGCUUCACAAUUAAAGGCAUUGCGUAAUGAUAGCCAGCUGAAACGUGAUUUUGUUAUGUCAGUAUCAUCUCGUGACUUCUAUAGUACCGGGUUAUUUCCUGAUAUUGUACAGCAUGGUUUACUCCUAAUUCUUGCCUGUGCACAUGUGCGUUUUCAAUGGUCUUUACAAGUAUACGAACAAGAACGCAUUCGUUAUGUUUUCAAGAACCGUUCACUUUUGGAGCUAGCAUUGACCCAUCCAUCAUAUCGUACUAAUUAUGGUACUAAUAGUGAUCAUGCUCGUAAUACUCUUAACAACUGCGGUGUGCGUUCUUCCAAGCAGCGAGUACAUGAUCGUUUGGUUCAGCAGCAGUUAAGUGCCAAAAAGCGAGGUUUUCAUACCUUAAUGGAGAUCAUGUCGAAACUGGGUUCAAAAAAAGCGGAACAGUCGCCACUGAACCAUAAUGAACGGCUCGAAUUUUUGGGCGAUGCAGUUAUUGAAUUUAUUACCACUAUUCAUUUAUUUUACAUGUUUAGCGAACUUGAUGAAGGUGGUUUGGCCACUUACCGCUCUACAAUGGUUCAAAAUAAAAAUCUUGCUGUGCUCGCUAAGAAAAUAGGCCUGGAUGAGUUCAUGCUGUAUGCGCAUGGACCCGAUUUAUGCCAUGAAUCUGAUCUUAGGCAUGCGAUGGCAAAUGCUUUUGAAGCAAUGAUGGCUGCAAUUUAUCUUGAUGCUGGGAUCGAUGAAUGUGAUAGAAUUUUUGGUUGCGCUAUGUUUGCUGAUUCGAAGGAAUUGCUUUCUAUAUGGUUUGAUUUGGAGGACCACCCCUUGAAGCGAGAUAAUCCAAAUGGAGACCGUCAUUUGAUAAAUGAUGUAUCAGCACUUCAAUUGCUAACAGAGUUGGAAAAAAGCAUCGGAGUUACUUUCAAACAUAUAAGAGUGCUUGCUAAAGCUUUUACGAGAAGAAAUAUUGGCUUCAACAAUCUCACUCUAGGACACAAUCAACGUCUGGAAUUUCUUGGGGAUACGGUUCUACAGUUGAUAACGACUGAUUAUCUUUAUAAGCAUUUUCCAUAUCAUCAUGAAGGUCACUUAUCAAUAUUGCGCACUUGUUUGGUUAGCAACAGAACACAAUCUGUGAUUUGUGAUGAUAUUGGCAUGACAAAGUAUUUGGUUACACCAAAAGUUAUGCAGAAGGGUGGGCUGCCAGUACUGAGAGUGAAAGACAAAGCGGAUCUUGUUGAAGCAUUUCUUGGUGCUCUUUACGUUGAUCGUGGAUUUGACUAUUGCAAAGUUUUCUGCAGAAUUUGUUUCUUCCCUCGUUUAAAAUUUUUUAUUAUUGCACAGCACUGGAAUGAUCCGAAAUCACAGUUGCAGCAGUGUUGUUUAACUCUGCGGCAAAUGGAUGGUGGUGAACCAGAUAUACCAGAAUAUAGAACAAUAGCUGUCGAAGGUCCAACUAAUACGAGAAUAUAUAAGGUUGCCGUUUAUUUCAGAAAAAAACGAUUAGCAGUAGGGUGUGGGCAUACAAUGCAGUUGGCACAAAUGCGUGCGGCGGAGAACGCUUUGAUAAAAAGAUCUGAUCUCUUUCCAACGCUAAAAAAUACAACAAAACACAGUGCAGUGCAGAUCAGGCGUGAUAAUGGCCCAAUCACUAAAGUAAAAUGCGAACCAACUGAUCGGACAAAACAGCGUACUCUGUUUGAUUCAACUCAUGUUUUACAACCGGAUGCUGGAUCAUCACUUAUUGAUGGUAGUCAAAUUUAUAGGCCACAGAUUAUUUCAUUACUUGAUCUCAAGUUCGAUGCUGAUGGUUGUCUUAUUUAG